CCUUUUUCAUCAGCUAGGGACAAGUGAGAGAGAGGCAAGCAACAGCAUCCUAGUCCCAAGUGCACCUCCAUCUGCCCGGCUUCACGAGGAGCUGGCCAGACCAGCGGGGACCGUGCAUCAGAAUGUGGAGAGCACUGCUCGCCAAACUUGUAGUUGUACUUUUUUUAUGUUCACUUUCAAGUCACGCACAAGAAUGUGCGACGGGACAGUUCCGUUGUGGGACAGGACGCUGCAUACCACAGGACUGGCGAUGUGACGGGGCGUCAGACUGCACAGAUGACUCGGACGAGGCUGGCUGCCCUGAAGCUACGUGUGAGCAGGGUCAGUUUCGGUGUUUGAGUGACCAAGAGUGUAUUCCCAGCCUAUGGCUGUGUGACGAUGAGGAGGAUUGCGAGGACGGCUCAGAUGAGCGACAGAACUGCCCUACACGGACAUGCACCAGCGGCCACUUCAGGUGCUCCAGUGGGGUGUGCAUGCCCGAGGAGUACAGGUGUGACCACGUGUUGGACUGCCACGACGGCGAGGAUGAGCGGGACUGCCACUACCCUGAGUGUACGGAGCUGAGCUGUGCCAACGGUGCCUGCUACAAUCGGAGCCAGCACUGCGACCAGUCGCUGGACUGCCGGGACGGGUCAGACGAGGCCAACUGCACACAACGGUGCAGCAGUGGCAUGUUGGAGUGUGCCAACGGAGCGUGUAUCCCGCGGCGAUAUGUCUGCGACCAUGACGACGACUGCGGGGAUCGGAGCGACGAACAGAACUGCACGUACCCCACCUGUAGAGGGUCCUACUUCACCUGCCCCAGUGGUCGCUGUAUUCACCAGGUGUGGCUGUGCGACGGCGAGGACGACUGUGAGGACAAUGCCGACGAAGUGGGCUGUGAUGCGGUCCCUCGGGAGUGCUACCCGGGCGAGUGGCCCUGCCCCUCCUCAGGGGUGUGUAUCCCCCUCCAGCAGCUUUGUGAUGGCACCGCCCACUGCCCCGGGGGAGAGGACGAGACCAACAGCACCGUCGGACGCAACUGCAGUAUCUGGCGUUGCGCCUCUCUGAGCUGUGAGCACCGCUGUCACAAGUCCCCCGAGGGGGGCACCUGCACCUGCCCCGCCGGAUACGUGGUCAGCAGCAACGACAGCCGCUCCUGCAUCGACUUUGACGAUUGUAAGAUGUGGGGUGUGUGUGACCAGCUGUGUGAGGACAGGAUGGGCACCCACCGCUGCAGCUGCCAGGAGGGCUACGUGCUGGAGCAGCACCGCCACUGUCGAGCCAGCACCUCCUCUGGUGCUCCCUCCCUGGUCUUCUCCAACGGCCGAGACCUGCUGAUUGGGGACACCCACGGGAACAACCUGAGGACUCUGGUCGCCUCCCAGAACAGAGGGGUGGCUGUCGGAGUGGACUUCCACUAUCAGAGCCAGCGCAUCUUCUGGACUGACACCAUUCAGAAUAAGGUGUUUUCAGUGAAAAUGGACGGUUCAGACCUACAGGUGGUCUUAAAUAUAUCAGUUGACUACCCCGAGAACCUGGCUGUGGACUGGGUGAACAAUAAACUGUAUGUGGUGGAGGCCAGUGUCAACAGGAUCGACAUGCUGGACUUCGACGGGAGCAACCGCGUGACCCUGAUCGCGGAGAAUCUGGGAAACCCUAGAGGCCUGGCAGUGGACCCUACAGUCGGGUUCAUGUUCUUCUCCGACUGGGACUCUUUGAAUGGGGAGCCUGGACUGGAGAGGGCCUACAUGGACGGGACUAACCGGUACGGCAUCAUCAGAUCCAAGCUGGGCUGGCCCUCGGGGAUCACUCUGGACAUCGAGGCCAAAAGACUCUAUUGGGUGGACAGCCGCUAUGACUACAUCGAAACCACCACCUACGAUGGUCUGCACAGAAAAACAGUGGUGCAUGGAGGCUCCAUCAUUCCACACCCGUUUGCCAUCAGCCUGUUUGAGAGUACCGUCUACUACACCGACUGGACCAAGAUGGCUGUCAUGAAAGCGAAUAAGUUCAGCGACACCAGUCCGCAAGUGGUGUACACCACGGCCCAGACGCCUCGUGGAGUGGCAGUCAUUCACCCAUACAGACAGCCACAUGUGAGCAACCCUUGUGGGGCAGACAGAGGUGGCUGUGAGCACAUCUGUGUUCUGAGUCACAGGACAGAUAAUGGAGGUCUGGGCUAUCGCUGCAAAUGCCGCAUGGGCUACGACCUCCAUGCUGAUGGCAAACGCUGCGUUGUUGUUAGGCAGUUCCUGCUCUUCUCCAGUCAGCUGGCAGUGAGAGGGAUCCCCUUUAACCUGUCUGCACAGGAGGACGUCAUCCUGCCCAUUACAGGCACCCCCUCCUACUUUGUCGGGGUGGACUUCAGUGCCGAGGAUGACGCCAUAUUUUUCUCGGACACUGCCAAAGACAUCAUCUACAAGCAGAAUGUGGACGGAACUGGCCGGGAGGUGCUGGCCGCCAACCGGGUGGACAGCGUGGAGGACCUGGCUUACGACUGGAUUUCAAAGAACCUGUACUGGACCGACCCGCGCUACCGCAGCAUCUCGGUCAUGAAGCUGGCCGACAAGUCCAGACGGGCCAUCGUCCGGAACCUCAACAACCCGCGGGCCAUCGUGGUGCACCCAGUUGUGGGAUACAUUUUCUGGACAGACUGGUACCGUCCGGCGAAGAUUAUGCGCGCCUGGUGUGACGGGUCACAUGCCCUGUCAAUUGUAAACACAACUCUUGGCUGGCCUAAUGGCCUGGCCAUCGACUGGAGCUCUCAGCGCCUCUACUGGGUGGACGCCUUUUUCGACAAGAUCGAGCACAGCUCGUUUGACGGGCAGGACCGGCAGUCCCUGGACCGCAUCACCCAGAUCUCCCAUCCCUUUGGACUGACCAUAUUUGGAGGUUAUGCAUACUUCACCGACUGGAGGCUGGGUGGGAUCGUGCGAGUUCGCAAGACGGACGGGGGAGAGAUGGUGGUUAUCAGAAGGGGCAUCAGUCGCAUCAUGCACGUCAAAGCUUUCAACUCCAACUCCCAGAUUGGUGGUAAUUUCUGUAACAGACAGACCAACCCUAACGGGGACUGCAGCCAUUUCUGUUUCCCGGCCCCGGACUCCCAGCGGGUGUGCGGCUGCCCGUACGGCAUGAAGCUGGGGCCCGACCAGCGGACGUGUGUGGACGACCCCACCAACGAGCCGCCCACGCUGCAGUGCGGCGCCAACUCCUUCUCCUGCACCAACGGGAAGUGUGUGCCCCAGAGCUACCACUGCGAUGGCGUGGACGACUGCUAUGACCAGAGCGACGAGGCCGGCUGCGGGACACACAACACCACCUGUUCACCCACGGCCUUCACGUGUGCCAACCAACGGUGCAUACCCAGGAACUGGCGAUGCGAUGGGCACAAUGAUUGCUCCGAUGGCAGCGACGAGCGCGCCUGCCCCACCCAGGUCCCGGGCACCUGCCAGGCUGACCAGUUCACCUGUGCCAACCACCGCUGCAUCCCCCAAACCUGGCGCUGCGACACAGACAAUGACUGCGGAGAUGGCUCCGACGAGGCUGACUGCGACUUCCAGGGCACAUGCCACCCUGACCAGUUCCAGUGCCCAGACCACCGGUGCAUUGCCCCUGCGUACGUGUGCGACGGAGACCGGGACUGUGCGGACGGAGCUGAUGAGCAAGGCUGUGUGUACAAUUGUACUGCCUACGAGUUCAAGUGUGCCAAUGGGCAUCAAUGUGUGAACUCCUUCUACCGCUGUGAUGGGGUCCAUGACUGCAAUGACCGAUCAGACGAAGCAGGCUGUCCCACGAGGCCCCCUGGCAUGUGCCACCAUGAGACGGAGUUCCAGUGCCAGUCUGACGGCAGCUGUGUGCCCUCGUCCUGGGAGUGCGACGGCCACGCAGACUGCGCCGACGGCUCGGACGAGCACCACGGCUGCCCGCCGCGCACCUGCACCUCCUCGCAGUUCCGCUGCGACAACGGCAACUGCGUGUUCCGCGGCUGGGUGUGCGACGGUGACAACGACUGCCGCGACAUGAGCGACGAGCGCGACUGCCCCACGCCGCCCUUCCGCUGCCCCAGCUGGCAGUGGCAGUGCCCGGGCCACAGCGUCUGCGUCAAUCUGAGCCGCGUCUGCGACAACGUGCCCGACUGCCCCAAUGGCGCCGACGAGUCGCCCCUCUGCAAUGAACCUCUACCAGACCAGGAGAGCUGCACGGACAACAACGCGGGCUGCACCGACGGCUGCAUCCAGGGCCCGUUUGGCGCCCAGUGCACCUGCCCUAUGGGCUUCCAGCUGACCAACGACUCCAAGACGUGCGAGGACAUCGACGAGUGCCAGCCGCGGGGCCUCUGCAGCCAGCACUGCUUCAACGAGAGGGGCUCCUUCAGGUGCCACUGCCAGGACGGCUACACACUGGAGGACGACCAGCGCACCUGCAAAGUCUCAGGUUUAAGGGAGACAUUCCUGUUGGUUGCCAGUCGAAAUCAAAUCAUAUCGGAUGACAUUUCAUCCCAGCCCAAUGUUGUCCGUUCCCUGGUGCGUGAUGGACGCAACAUUGUGGCUGUGGACUUCGACUCGGCCACUGACCGUGUCUACUGGUCGGACACGACGCAAGACAGGAUCUGGAGUGCCCACAAGAACGGCAGCGACAGGACUGUUAUCUUUGACAGUGGCGUGACAGUCACAGAGAGUAUUGCAGUAGACUGGGUGGGCAGGAACCUUUAUUGGACAGACUAUGUGCUGGAGACAGUGGAAGUGGCCAAGCUGGACGGAUCGCACAGGACUGUGCUGGUCAGCCAGAACAUCACCAACCCCAGAGCCCUAGUGCUGGACCCCAGAAACGGGUUCCACCUGAUGUUCUGGACUGACUGGGGGAGAAACCCACGUAUUGAGCGGGCCAGCAUGGACGGGAAAAUGAGGACCACAAUCAUAAGCAAGAAACUGUACUGGCCCAAUGGACUGACCAUUGACUACCCCAACAACCUUCUCUAUUUUGCUGAUGCCUACUUGGACUUUAUUGACUUCUGUGAUUACGACGGGAACAAUCGGAAGCAAGUGCUAGCUAGUGACCUGGUACUGCAACAUCCCCACGCAAUUACCAUUUUUGAGGAUUUUGUGUAUUGGACCGACAGAUACGUCAACCGUGUGAUCCGCGCCCAUAAGUGGCACGGGGAGAACCAGACAGUGAUGCUCUACAAUCUCCCCCAGCCCAUGGGCCUCGUGGCAGUGCACCCGGCCAGGCAGCCCGCAGGUGAUAACCCGUGCCAGGCGAGUCCCUGCACACACAUCUGCCUCCUCUCCACCGUGGGCCCCCGCUUCUACUCCUGCGCCUGCCCCUCGGGCUGGACGCUGGCUGCUGACCAGCUCACCUGUGCCAGAGUGGAGGAUCCCUUCCUGGUGGUCGUCCGUGACAGUAUCAUCUAUGGAAUCCCCCUCAACCCUGAUGACAAGAGCAACGAUGCCAUGGUGCCGGUGGCUGGUCUCCAUAACGGAUACGACGUGGACUUUGACGACUCGGAGGAGAUGAUCUACUGGGUGGAGCACCCGGGGGAGAUCCAUCGGGUGAAGUCAGAUGGCAUGAACAGGACAGAGUUUGCCCCUGCGGCCAUUUUGGGCUCCCCAGUGGGAUUGGCUCUGGACUGGAUGACUCAGAACCUCUACUACACAAACCCAUCCUCCCAGUCCAUAGAGGUCCUGAGGCUGAGAGGGGAAGUGCAGAACAGGAAGACGCUGAUCACCAACAACGGCUCUCCCACCGGUGCUGGCACGCCCACUGGCAUCGCGGUGGACCCGGCACGCGGGAGGAUGUACUGGACUGACCAGGGCACGGAGAGCGGCAUCCCAGCUAAGGUGGCGGCCGCUAACAUGGACGGCUCUGACCCCAUCAACCUCUUCACGACCAGCCUGGACCACGUGGAGUUCAUCACCAUUGACAUCAAAGAAAACAAGCUCUACUGGGCCGUCACCUCAACUGGAGUGAUUGAGCGCGGCGAUCCAGAUGGGACAAACCGCAUCACUAUGGUUACUGGGCAGUCGCACCCCUGGGGCGUGGCUGUGCAUGAGUCCUUCCUGUACUUCACUGAUCGGGAUUAUGAGGUGAUCGAGCGUGUGGACAAGGCCACGGGCGCCAACAGGGUGGUGCUGCGGGACAACGUGUCCGGCCUGAGAGUGCUGAAGGUGCACUACAGAGACAUGUCGGCCGGCACGUCUAACGGCUGCAGUAACAACCAGGCGGUGUGCGAGCAGCUGUGCCUGCCACGGCCGGGCGGCCUCUUCAGCUGCGCCUGCUCCACGGGCUUCCAGCUCAACGCCGACAACCGCACCUGCGCCCCCUACCAGUCCUACGUGGUCCUCUCCAUGCUCACCUCCAUCAAGGGCUUCAGCCUGGAGGGCUCCGACCACUCGGAGGCCAUGGUACCUGUAGCGGGCAGAGGUCGUAAUGCUCUGCAUGUGGAUGUGCAUAUGCCCUCUGGCUUCCUGUACUGGUGUGACUUCAGCAGCACGGUGCCGUCUCAGAACGCCAUUCGCCGCAUCAAGCCAGACGGCUCAGGCUUCCGCAGCAUUGUCACGUCCGGCAUCGGCCGUAAUGGCAUCAGAGGCAUCGCCGUGGACUGGGCUGCAGGAAACCUGUAUUUCACCAACGCCUUCUUCACGGAAACGUACAUCGAGGUGGUCCGUCUGAACACCACCUUCCGGCGUGUGCUUCUGAAGACCCAGGUGGACAUGCCUCGCCACAUUGUCGUGGACCCCAGAAACCGCUACCUGUUCUGGGCCGAUUACGGCCAGAGCCCCAAGAUUGAGAGGGCCCUGCUGGAUGGCACCAACCGCACCGUGCUGGUCUCCUCUGGCAUCAUCACACCCCGCGGCCUGGCCCUGGACCGGCAGAGUGGCUACGUGUACUGGGUGGACGACUCACUGGACAUGAUCGCCCGCGUGCGGCCUGAGGGUGGCGAGACGGAGAUUGUGCGCUACGGCAGCCGCUACCCGACCCCGUACGGCCUCACCGUCUUCCAGGAGAGCGUCAUCUGGGUGGACCGAAACCUCAAGAAGGUCCUACGGGCCAGCAAGCAGCCCGGGCACACCGAGCAGCCCGAGGCUAUCCGAGACAACCUGGGCAUGCUAAGGGACGUGACGGUGUUCGACCAACGCAUGCAGCCCAGCUCACCCCAGGAGCUCAACCACAACCCCUGCCUGGAGGCCAACGGCGGCUGUGCCCACUUCUGCUUCGCCAUGCCGGACUCCCAGACCAAGCAGUGCGGCUGCGCCUUCGGUAGCCUGGCGGCGGACGGCAUAACCUGCGCGGUGUCGCGCGAGGACUACCUCAUCUACACCACCGAGAGCACGGUGCGGAGCCUGCGGCUGGACCCCGAGGAUCACGCGCUGCCCUUCCCCGUGGUCAAUGUGCCCCGCACCUCUGUGGCCCUGGAUUACGACCGUGCUGAUGGCAGAAUCUACUUCACGCAGAGCUCCGGCGCAGGACACAGCAAGAUCAGCUACCUGAGCCUGUCCUCCCCCACCUCCCCAGCCAUCGUGGUAGCCUCAGAUCUGGGAGCCCCUGAUGGCGUUGCUUAUGACUGGAUCAAUAAGAGGAUCUACUACAGUGACUACAUCAACCAGACCAUCAACUCCAUGGCUGUGGAUGGCUCCCAGAGGACCAUCAUCGCACGUGUGCCUCGGCCCAGGGCCAUCAUGGUGGAUCCCUGCAGAGGGUACAUGUACUGGACAGACUGGGGGACCAAUGCCAAGAUUGAGCGUGCUACCUUGGGUGGAAACUUCCGGACGGAGCUAGUAAACUCCAGCCUUGUCUGGCCCAAUGGACUAACACUGGACUACGAAGAGCAGAGACUCUAUUGGGCUGACGCCAGCUUACAGAAGAUCGAGCGCUGCUCCCUCACUGGCGCCAACAGAGAGGUGAUCGUGAGCACGGCCAUCUACCCCUUUGCCAUGACCCUCUACGACCAGCACAUCUUCUGGACAGACUGGAACACGCGCAGCAUCUACCGCGCCAACAAGCACGAUGGCGCUGACCAGCGGGUCAUGAUCCAGAACCUGCCGUCGCGGCCCAUGGACCUCCACGUGCUGUCCAACAGCAGGCAGCAGCAGUGCACCAGCCCCUGCCAGCAGUUCAAUGGAGGCUGCAGCCACAUCUGCACACCAGGGCCACAGGGUGCAGAGUGCCAGUGCCCAUCGGAGGGACGUUGGUAUCUGGCUGACAACAAACACUGCAUCCCGGACAACGGUACCCGGUGCCUGCCAGGGCAGUUUACGUGCAUGAAUGGGCGCUGCAUCAAUGCCCAGUGGAAGUGUGACAAUGACAACGACUGUGGGGACGGCAGCGACGAGCUGGAGAGAGUCUGUGCCUUCCACACCUGUGAUCCGACGGUGUUCACCUGUGGGAACGGCCGCUGUGUGCCGUACCACUACCGCUGUGACCACUACAACGACUGCGGGGACAACAGCGACGAGGACGGCUGCCUGUUCCGGCCCUGCGACGCCAACACAGAGUUCGCCUGCAACAACGGCCGCUGCGUCGCCAAGGAGUACGUCUGCAACGGCAUCAACAACUGCUUCGAUAAUGGCACCUCCGAUGAAAAAAACUGUCCUGAGCGCACCUGCCAGCCUGAACAGACCAAGUGCCAGAGCACCAACAUCUGCAUCCCGCGCUCCUACCUGUGUGAUGGGGACAAUGACUGUGGGGAUAUGAGCGACGAGAGUCCCACACACUGUGCCACGUCCACCUGUGGGCAGAACGAGUUCCGCUGCUCCAGCGGCCGCUGCAUCCCAGCGCACUGGUACUGCGACGGGGGCACUGACUGCACAGAUGGCUCAGACGAGCCCUCCUCCUGCACCACUAUGCAGAGGACGUGCAACACAGAACAGUUCCGCUGCGACGACGGCCGCUGCAUCGCCUCCUCGUGGCUCUGUGACGGAGACAACGACUGCGGCGACAUGAGUGACGAGGACCAGAGACACAGCUGCGCCAAUCGCUCGUGCUCCGCCACGGAGUUCACCUGCGCUAACAACCGGCCCCCGCAGAGGAAGUGCAUCCCGCGCGACUGGGUGUGUGACGGUGACGCGGACUGCGCCGACGCUCUGGACGAGCACCAGAACUGCACCCGCAGGUCUUGCAGCGCCAAUGAGUUCUCCUGCAGCAACGGCCUGUGCAUUCGCAGCUCCUACAGGUGUGACCGGCGGAAUGACUGUGGGGAUGGCAGUGACGAGCAGGGCUGCACCUACCCGGCCUGCCAGCAGCACCAGUUCACCUGCGAGAACGGACGCUGCGUGUCACGCGACUUCGUCUGCGACGGCGACAAUGACUGCGGGGACCAGUCCGACGAGCUGGACAGCCUGUGCCGGACCCCGGCCCCCACCUGCCCGCCUGGCCAGUUCAGGUGUGAAAACGCCCACUGUAUUGCCAUGGUGAAAGUGUGCGACCACACAGACGACUGCUCGGACAACAGCGACGAGAAGGGCUGUGGCAUUAACGAGUGCACAGACACCAGCAUCCACGGCUGCGACCACAACUGCACCGACACGCUCACGGGCUUCCUGUGCACGUGCCGGCCGGGUUACCGCCUCAUGUCGGACGGCCGCACGUGCGACGACAUCGACGAGUGCGGGGAGACACCGGGAGUGUGCAGCCAGGUGUGCGAGAACACGUUGGGCUCGUACAUGUGCAAGUGUGCGCCGGGCUUCCUGCGCGAGCCCGACGGCCACACCUGCCGCCAGAACAGCGGCAUCGCGCCCUACCUGCUCUUCAGCAACCGCUACUACCUGCGCAACCUGUCCACUGACGGCCAGGCCUACUCACUGGUGCUGCAGGGCCUGACCAGCGUUGUGGCCCUGGACUUUGACCGCGUGGAGAGCCGCAUCUACUGGGUGGACGUGAGCAAGCGUGUGGUGGAGCGUAUGUUCUAUAACGGCACGGUCAGGCAGACGGUGCUGAACGGACUGCCCCAUGCCGAGGGUCUGGCUGUGGACUGGGUGGGGAGGAAGCUCUACUGGGUGGACAGCUUCCUGGACUGUCUGAAGGUGUCCGAACUGGAUGGGCGUUACGUGAGGAGGCUGGCUGAGCACUGCGUGGACCCCAACAACACCUACUGCUUCGACAACCCGCGCGCCAUCGUGUUGCAUCCCAAAUACGGGUAUGUGUACUGGACAGACUGGGGCGAGAGAGCUUUUAUCGGUCGAGUGGGAAUGGAUGGCAACAACAAGUCCGCCAUCAUCACCACUAAGCUCGAGUGGCCCAACGGGAUCACCAUAGACUACACCAACGACCAUCUGUACUGGUCAGAUGCUCACCUCAACUACAUCGAGUACUCGGACCUGGACGGCCACCACCGCCACACGGUGUACGACGGCGUCCUGGCGCACCCGUUCGCUCUGACUGUGUUCGAGGACUACGUCUACUGGACAGACUGGAACACGCGCACCGUGGAGAAGGGCAAUAAGUACGACGGCAGCGAGCGGCUCAUGCUGGUCAACACCACACACCGGCCCUUCGACAUCCACGUCUGCCAUCCGUACAGGCAGCCCAUCGUGACCAACCCGUGCGCGGUGAACAACGGUGGCUGCUCCCACCUGUGCCUGCUGCGUGCCGGAGGCCAUGGCGGCCACACCUGCGAGUGCCCCGACCACUUCCUGACCGUGCAGCUGGGCGGCGUGUCCCGAUGCCUGCCCAUGUGCAGCAGCACGCAGUACCGCUGUGCCAACAACGAGCGCUGCAUCCCCAUCUGGUGGAAGUGUGACGGGCAGGCGGACUGCAGAGACGGCUCGGACGAGCCCUCCACCUGUCCCGUGCGCCACUGCCACCUCGGUCAGUUCCAGUGUGCCGACGGCAACUGCACCAGCCCUCACUUCCUCUGCAACGCCCACGAGGACUGCCAGGACGGCUCCGAUGAAGACCCUGUACUGUGUGCCACGCACGAGUGUGAGUCGCACCAGUGGCAGUGCUCCAACAAGCGCUGCAUCCCCGAGGCGUGGCAGUGCGACGGAGAGAACGACUGUGGCGACGGCUCGGACGAAGCCCCCGCUCACUGCUCCAGCCGCACCUGCCGGCCCGGCCAGUUCAAGUGCCGCAACGGCCGCUGCAUCCCCCAGACCUGGAAGUGCGACGUGGACGAUGACUGUGGCGACAACUCAGACGAGCCACUGGACGAGUGCAUGGGGCCAUCCUAUCGCUGUGACAACCACACGGAGUUCAGCUGCAGGACUAACUACCGCUGUGUACCACUGUGGGCCAUGUGCAACGGACAUGACGACUGCAGGGACAACAGCGACGAACAGAACUGCCACGAGGUGACCUGCGACCCGGCAGGAGAUUUCCGCUGUGACAACCACCAGUGCGUCCCGCUGCGUUGGAAGUGCGACGGCGACAACGACUGUGGAGACGGCUCCGAUGAACGCAACUGCAGUCCGCGCGAGUGCACGGAGAGCGAGUAUCGCUGCGACAAUCUGCACUGCAUUCCGGAGCGCUGGGUGUGUGACCAUGACAACGACUGCGAGGAUAACUCGGAUGAAAGGGACUGUGAUCUCCGGGCCUGCCACCAAGGCUACUUCCAGUGUGGCAGCGGGCACUGCAUCGCCGAGCGCUUCAAGUGUGACGGGAACGCCGACUGCCUGGAUUUCACUGACGAGACCUCCUGCCCCACCCGCUAUCCUAACGGCACCUAUUGCCCUCCCUUCCUGUUUGAGUGCAAGAACCACGUGUGUGUGCAGCCACACUGGAAAUGUGACGGGGACAACGACUGUGGAGAUGGAUCAGAUGAGGAGCUCCACCUCUGCCUGGACAUUGAGUGUGAGCCUCCGUUCCGUUUCCGUUGUGACAACAACCGCUGCAUCUACAGCCAUGAGCUCUGCAACUCCGUCAACGACUGUGGAGAUGGCACAGAUGAGAGACCAGAGAACUGUGUGGCCCCCACCCAGGGACCCUGCUCCCCAGACGAGUUCAAGUGUGGUAACGGCCAGUGCAUCCCCCUGCAGUAUGCCUGUGACGACUAUGACGACUGCGGGGACCACACCGAUGAGCUGGGCUGCAACGUUGGCAGUGGCCGCUCCUGCAGUGAGAACCUGUGUGAGCAUAACUGCACCGACCUGCCUGGAGGAGGAUUUCUGUGCUCCUGUCGCCCCGGCUACAAGCCCACUCAGACGGACAAGAACACCUGUGAAGAUGUAAAUGAGUGUGAGGUCUAUGGAACGUGUCCUCAGGAGUGUCGGAACUCUAAGGGCAGCUAUGAGUGUUUCUGCGCUCCAGGCUUCCGCUCGGUCGGGGAUCAGCAUGGAGUGGAGUGUGCCGCUGAAGGGAACCCUCCAGUCCUGCUGCUGCCUGAUAAUGUACGCAUCCGACGCUUCAACCUCUCCACAGAGCAGUACUCCGAUUAUGUGGACAACGCUGAGCACAUCCAGGCCCUGGACUACCUGUGGGACCCUGAGGGCCUUGGACUCAGUAUCGUGUACUGGACCGUGCUGGGACGCGGCUCUCAGUUUGGGGCCAUCAAGCGUGCAUACAUGACCACGUUUGAUGACCAAGGCAAUAACCCAGUGAAGGAGGUGAACCUGAACCUCAGAUACAUUGCCAAGCCCGAUGGCAUCGCUGUUGAUUGGAUUGGACGACAUAUUUAUUGGACGGAUGCUGGUGCCAAUCGGAUCGAGGUGUCCAAGCUAGAUGGGCGUUACAGGAAGUGGCUGAUCGCCUCUGAUUUGGACCAACCAGCAGCCAUUGUUGUUAAUCCAUCCACUGGAAUGAUGUACUGGACAGACUGGGGCCGGAGGCCUAAGAUUGAGUCGGCCUGGAUGGACGGGCAGCAGAGGCGCAUCCUACUGGACGAGGACCUGGGCUGGCCUACGGGACUGGCUCUGGACUACGUGAACGGGGGACGCAUCUACUGGUGCGACUCCAAGGAGAACAUCAUCGAGUCUAUGACCGCAGACGGCACAGAGAGGAAAAUCAUCCUGUCUGGAGAUAUAGGCAAUCCCUACAGUGUUGACGUUUUUGAGGGCCAUGUGUACUGGACCACUAAGGAGCGUGGAGAGGUGUGGAAGGUGGACAAGUUUGGGAAGGGAGACAAAGUGAGGGUGCUGACAGUGAACCCAUGGCUCACUCAAGUGCGCAUCUACCAGGAGCACAGACACAACCACUCUGUGCCCAACCCCUGCGAGGGCGUGUGCAGUCACCUGUGCCUGCUGCGUCCUGGAGGCUACACCUGCGCCUGCCCCCAGGGUUCCAGUCCUCUGGGUUUCCAGUCCAACGAGUGUGAUGCAGCCAUUGAAGAGGCAGUAGCAAUGCCCCUUGCAUGCAGAUGCAUGAACGGAGGUACCUGCUACAAUGAUGGAGACCAACCGAAGUGCAAGUGUCCAUAUGGCUAUCGGGGCAGUUACUGUGAGAUGGGGAUGUCCAGAGGUGCUCCUGCAGGAACAGCUGUAGCGGUGCUUCUGGCCGUGAUCAUAAUUCUGGUGACAGGAGCGCUGGCGGUGGGAGUCUUCCUCAACUACAAGCGCACAGGCUCCUUCAUCCCCUCAAUGCCAAAGCUGCCCAGCCUGAGCAGUCUCCACAGUCUGGUGAAGUCCAGCGACACGGGCAACGGCGUCUCGUUCCGCUCGGGAGACAAUGUCACCAUGGACCUGGAGCCCCCUCCACUGGGAGUGUCGUUCAUCGACCGCGCCAUGCAGCUGGAUGAGAACUUCACCAACGCAGGACAGCAGCCAAUAACGUUUGAGAAUCCUCUGUAUUCGACUUCUAUUGGCCCAUCUGGUGACCCCGCAGUCAUCCAUGCUACACAGGUGACGGUGAAUGUGAGUGGUGAGCAGAUAGAAAAUAACUUUGAUAACCCGGUGUACCACAGCAAACAACGGGCCGUAGAGGUGAAGAGCACUCCGGUCAGCACCGCCACAACACAGGUUUUUCAGGAGUCCAAGUGGAGCUUCUUCAAAAGAAAACUGAAACCAGGCACAACCUUUGAAAAUCCUAGCUACUCAGAGAUGCAGGAAGAGCAGGGGGCGGGGAAGAGUGGUGGGGACUCGUCCUCCAAUCAGCCACCGCCCUUCGUCCCCCCCAGCAAACCCGUGAAGAAGGAGCGGCCCAGCGCCUUCUCCCCAACUGAGGACACCUUCCAGGACACAGCCAACCUCGUCAAAGAAGACAGCGACGUAUAACCCCACCCCACCCCCCACUUCACCUCAACCCCCCAUGCCCAACCCCCACCCUCUCUUACACAUGGGAAUCAAAGACACACUCUGCUUUGCACAGAAUCUAUUUUUAUACACAGCCUGAGUACAAAAAGAAAUUAAUUUUAAAGAUUAUUUUAAGAAAGACAAUAAAAGAAAAAGAGAAGAAACUACUUUAGAAGUGGAGAGAAAAGAGAGGUCUUUCAUGACGAUGCCUUCUGAUAUUUCUUAUGCCAAUUCUUGUUUUAUGAUUUUUUUUAUUAUUAUUAUUGUGAUGUACUAUAUGUAUAUCUUUGCACUGAUGCUGCUGAGUGAUGUUAUAAAUAUGUUGUAUAUUUGUAAAUUUGAAAGAAAAAAAGAUUUUUGUUGAUAAUAUCUGGAAAAUAGAUGAUUCAUAUUCAUAGUAAUUCAAGAAGAUGCAUAUCUUUUGGAUGAGUUAAGUGCAUUGAGAACAAAAGUAUAUUAUGUGUAACAAAGGUCUAAACAUUCUUCAGUCUAUACUUUGCCACUAAACUAAAACUGGAGACAAAUGCAGUUGGUUUUGCAUAUUUAUAUACCUCAUUUAUGAACUGGAAAAUAGAAAUUGAACAGCGACUGGUCCUCUGCUUGGGAUCAUGUCCUUAAUGGAAAUUUUAGCAAUGUUAAGACUACUGAAUCACAUUGUACCCAAGCCAUGUUUGCACACUUGUCUCUUUUCUAAGUUUCUAAGUGGAAGUCAGAGUCCAGCAUCCAAGCACAGAAUGCCUUAACUGGAUUCUAUUUACGAGCUUGUCUCUUUUCAAGGAUAAUAAUUAGUUAUGUUCUGUCUUGACAUCAUUCAGAGAUGGUAGUCUGUAAAGUUGAUAUCCUUUUGCUCAGGAAGCAAAAGUGCAUGUGUCUAUUUUUACUGGACUGAAACAUAAAUCAUAAAAAGAAAUAACCCCUUACCCUAACUGUCUCAGCUGACCUGAGAUUAAAGUGUUUCACAAAGGGUGAAUAUAUUUUGAUGCAGUGGCCUCUCUGAUAAUAAUCAUGCAAUAAAUGGCCUCUUAAAAACAUGCUAGGCAUUUCUAUUAUGGCCCCGUUGUUGCCCAUGUAGUAUUGUACAAUUAGUCUCCUUUUUGUGGAUGUUGAGACACUUUAAAUACCACAUCCAUUAUGGAUACAGAGAGCAUCAAGUGAGCUGUUUUCAUUGUGGCCUGUGCAUUUUUCCCUGUGAUUUUUGUAUAUUAAUGAUGAGAAGACAAGCAUCCCAAUUUAUAGAUUGUUCUUGAUGCACCUAAAUGUUUGGUUUGUAAUCAGGAAUUGGAAAACAAAUUGAUGCUGCUGAGAAAGAAUCAAAUAAAUGUUUUGUUUU